CAUCCCUGCAACAUCUGCAGAACCAAACUCUUGAAAAAAAUAAGAAGAUGAAGUACAACUCUUUGUUCUCUAUUCCUUACAGAGGAACUACUUUUCUUCCAACCCUCCUCCUUUUGCUGUUUGUAUGGAAUUUUCCUUCAGUCAUGUCUACCUACGCAUGGCACACAUGCGAUAAUUCCUCAACUUUCACCAAUUGCAGCACCUAUUCCACAGACUUAAACCUAGUUAUCAACGAUCUGUAUCUUAAUGCACCUAAAAGUUCAGGGUUUAACACUUCUUCCCAUGGCCAAUCUCCCAGUAAAGUUUACGGUCUGCUCCAGUGCACUAGAAAUGUAUCAGCAGAGAGAUGCUCAAAUGUGUGGUGGAAGCAAAGAAAACCAUUCACGACCUUUGCCCCAACGACAUAGGUGGGAAAAUAUGGCUGGAUGACUGCUUCAUGCGCUAUCAAAACUAUAAUUUCAUUUCAAGACUAGAUACUAAUAGAAUUAUCUUAGUGAACACGAUGGAUAUUAGUAAAAGUAGAGAUGCUUUCGAGAACACAACCAGCAGCCUUCUGUCGAAUCUGUCUGACACAGCUUGCAUCCCUGCAAAUAAGGGUGUCGCUGCUGGAACAGCCAAAUAUAAUGCUACUGGAAUAUUAAAUGGUUUAGUUCAGUGUUGUAGAGAUAUAUCAAUAGAAGAUUGCAGAACAUGUUUGUCUAAAGCAAGAGCAAAUCUGAGCAAUUGCUGUUCUACAAAACAAGGAGCCCAGUUUCUGAGCGCGAGCUGCAGGGCAAGAUAUGAGAUAUACCCAAUUUUGGACUCUCAACAAUCGCCCUCUCCCUCUCCCUCCCCUGAGGAGUCCGUACAUCCAACUACUUCCACACCAGAAAAAAAGUCCUCGAAAACAUUACCUAUCGUUCUGGGGCUUGUGGAGGCAUCAUUCUAG